UGCGUCACGAUGCGACACGACGUCUCGCGGCACGUCCGAUGACCGCUGCUUCGGUUUAGCACUCCAAACGACAUGCAUUCAUUUCAACUUCGCUCGCGACCGCCACACGACUUGUGGGCACCUCUACUCGAUGCGCGUUCGAACACCAUACCGUCCGUGGAACCGCACACCGUGCACAUGCGAUUUUCUUCGAAAACCGUGAUCGCAGUGCAACAAUAAUAGUUCGUCCGCCAUCGCGGUUUCGCGCGUACGGUGCCGCCAACGGUCCGGGUCGUUUACCCGUUUACAAACCGUGUCCGCGCGUUCGGCACAAACUGUCCGACGUAAUGUAAUUCCGUCGCACCGGCGACAACCCGAUUCGGCUUCCGGGUAAUGUGUCAAGCCCCGUGUACCGCGCACUGACAAAUAUUCGCCGCCCACUCAUCGCACCAUGGACCAUUACUAUUCGUCGGCAAAUUUAACGCCCGGCGACGGUAACUUCGACGGCCGUCAUUCGAACGGCGAACGGCGUCCGACCGCAGCUGAUGUGAACCAGUUUAGGUGUAUUGAUCAAAAUAAUCAAAACUCAUCAACGUGGCAAUUAUCAUUAAUUGACGAUCAAGAUGAAGUAUCCGAAAAUGCAUUGAUGAUGCAUGAUGAACCAAUAAAAGUCGCUGAAAAAUUUGGUCCUAUCAUUUUGAAAAUACCAUCGUAUAUAAGAAAAGAAGCAGAUGAAUUAUUCAAUAAUUCAGAAUUCAAUCCAAACGAGACAUUUGAUAUGAUAGAUUUCAGAAGCUCGUGGCUCUUACUAUUUAGUUAUCAACAAUACCUCAAGUUUAUUCCUCUAAAAGUGUUGGAGAAGAGAGACAGUCACGUGCUGUACCCUUGGCUGCUGUGGAACAAGCCGACGAGCCCGCGGCAUACUUUUUCGCCCAACAGAGCGGUCGCAUCACUGGUCAACCCCGACCGCUCAUUACUGCACUCUCCGUCGCUGUCGUCGAUGUUGUCGUCUUCGCCCAUAAUGUCGCUGUACGCUCAAGUCGUGUUGGGCAUAUCGUCUGACCAAAAUAGCAGCAGUGGCGAUAACAAUAACAACACUAGUAGAAUUAGUAGCAGCGGUAACAAUAACACGAGUAGCAGCAGCAGCAGCAGCAGCAGCAGCAUCAGCGGUAACAACAAAAACAGCAGUAGCAGCGUUAACAACAAUAUCAGCAGUAAUAGCGAUAAUAGCAAUAACGACAACCGGUUGGGAUAUUGCUUCAGCGAGCAGAUGAGUAGCUGUUCACUUCGCGGGCCAGCGGACGAGCCGAGUAACGCGCACUACCGCAAGCCGGACACGAAGCCGUCGCCACCGCAACGGUUCGCGGGUAACAAUCGAGGCGGUGCACAACGACUGUUGCCCCCGUGGAUCGCCCGGUCCCUGUCAGACUCCGACCAUUCUAUGCCGUCGUCGCCGUCGCUGUCGCCCCCACCGCCGACGCCGCCAUUCGCCCGUGUCUACUACACAGUCAACGCCAGCAACACCACCGUCAACAAGCUGGUGGAGCACUAUUGCACGUUUUGCUACAAGAACCAAGAGCCGCCCGAGGUGUACGGCAGCCAUCUGGUGCGGGACGCCAUGCGCACAACGUGUCCCAAGCUCAGGGCGCUCAGGUGCAGGCACUGCAACGGGACCGGCGACGGCGCGCACACCAUCAAGUACUGCCCGUUCCUGUAUACCAAUUACAAAUAGUGCUUUUGAGGAGGUGGAGGGUCGCAGGGCCGGCGACCAGGCCCGAUGCUACCUGGCGUCCAAAGGGAGUAUCGUUGCGGUCGCGUUUUGCGGUGAUCGUAACGAUAUUGUAACACCAUCAUUCGCGUGAAAUAUACAUUCCAUGGAUGUAUUUUUCUUCUCUCCCUCUUACACACUCUCUUUCUCUCUCUCUCCCUCACCCUCUCUCACUCUCUCUCACUCCU